GACAACUUACAGUACACAUAUAGGUACACAGAUACAAAAUUACAACCUUGUGCUGUAGUUAUUAUUCUUGUUUAUGUCGUUUGUGUGCUUCCCGGCUCCGUAAACCGUUGUCACGUCUUGACAGCAUAUAGAAUAAAGAUUAAGUUGCUCGUCACUAUUCACUACUCAGAACUCUGUGGCUCAAUGACAUAUCAGCGAGUACUGAGUAGUGACAACUCUUCUGUUGUCAAAGGUUAAAUGAAACAUUUUGUCAUUUCGAUUAGUUUAUUUCCUAUAAACCGUAAUUUGUAGUAGAGUUCUUGCGCUGGCUAUACUCUUCAAUAUUAUAUAGUACAUACGCGAUAAAAAAAUAAAUUGAAAUAAUAAAAAUAAACUUAUUCAUCGAACAAUUAUUAUAUUGACCAGAAAUAUCAAUAUAUUCAAAAUUUGUCUAUUCUUUUUAAGUAAAGUUUAUUCAUUGUCAUAACUGUUAUGAAAUAUUGAAAUGAAUUAUGAAGUCUCAAUAUUAUCGCUGUGCAAUUAUAUUCUUAUUUCAACUCACAGUUUACAGCAUAGCCUCUCAAAACGACGAUGACCAUGUUGAUUUAUCACUCGCCAAACAGAAGCAAAAAUCAAUUGCAAAUAUGAAUAAUUCGACACAUCCCAGGAUGAUACGCCACGAAGGUGAUUUGGAACGUAUGGGCUCUGAACUCAAGACUUAUUGUUCAAGUAUGCCAUAUCCAAGUAUCAGUUGUCAUAUGAAUACGACAUGUGUGUAUGGAAAUCAAACAAUUGCUAUAUGCAAAGCUAAUGUGGAUUGUCUGGGAGAAAAUACUUUUGCUAAAAACUUGACUUGUCGGUUUUGUUAUCAGACAGAGUUCUGGGAAUAUAAGUGUGAGAAAAAAAUCUGUAAUUCUGCUGCUUCUCCUCCAACUUAUUACCGGACUAAUUGUACAGUGAACAGAGAUGUUUUGUGUUUGGGAAGAAGAACAUUUUUGAAAAGAUUGCGCUGCAAUUGGACUGGUGGCCAUCGGUGGUCGACUGCAUUAAUUUUAAGUAUCACUCUAGGAGGAUUCGGCAUAGAUAGGUUUUACUUGGGACAUUGGCAAGAAGGCAUAGGCAAACUGUUCAGUUUCGGAGGCCUUGGUGUUUGGACACUGAUUGAUGUAUUAUUAAUAUCUAUCAGAUACCUUGGUCCAGCAGAUGGUUCUCUAUACUUGUAAGAAAAUGUUAAAAUAUUGGUUUUUUUUUAAAUUUGCAAUAAAGUAUAAAAUGUAUAAUCAAAA